AUGUCUUACCAAACGCGUUCUAAUACUCGCAUUGAGCAGGAGAAAAGACGUGAAUAUGGUACGCCAAAGAAAACUGAGUUCUUUAAGGCGUGGGACGCGCGACAACCUGGGGAGGGUGUUGGGACGAUUGCUAAACAAGAAAGAGUAUCGAGGACUGCCGGCCAACGCUGGCUUAAGGAGAGGGGUUUAUAUGGUGAUAUAGCAAAGAGAAAGAGUCGAAGAUAUGCCCAGAAGCUAGGGCCGAAGCCAAAAGUACCCCCGACACUCGCAAAAGACCUUGUGAAUCCGAAGACGAAUCCUGUUCGAGACAAGACCUACGGAACGAUGGCUACUCACUUCGAAAUUAAUGCCCACCCUCGUACAAUCGAAAGGAGUGUCAAGUCGAACACUAAGAAUGCUAGGAGGUACAAACAGGCAUAUCGAAAGAAAGAGAUCUCGAAGAAAAACAGAGAUAAGCGGACGGAAUACGGUUUUGAGCACCGGCAAAAGAAGCUACCUGAUUUUUGGACAACGAUUGUUUUUACGGACGAAGCGCACCUCGAUCCUACUUCCUACCUUCAGGGUUAUAUUCUACGAGAAUAA